GGGGUGGAAAAAUUCAGCACGCGGAACCGGGCCAGGGCAGCCCACUCCCGCCACAAUGGCCUCUGGGGUGGAAGUCUUGCGUUUCCAGCUGCCUGGCCACGAGGCCGCUACGCUGCGGAACAUGAACCAGCUCCGCGCCGAGGAGCGGUUCUGCGAUGUGACCAUCGUGGCCGACAGCCUCAAAUUCCGCGGCCACAAGGUCAUCCUGGCCGCCUGCUCACCGUUCCUCCGGGACCAGUUCUUGCUGAACCCCAGCUCGGAGCUGCAGGUCUCCCUGAUGCACAGCGCGCGCAUUGUGGCCGACCUGCUCCUCUCUUGCUACACGGGCGCCCUGGAGUUCGCCGUCAGGGACAUCGUGAACUACCUGACGGCCGCCUCCUACCUGCAGAUGGAGCACGUGGUGGAGAAGUGCAGAAACGCCCUCAGCCAGUUCAUUGAGCCCAAAAUAGGCCUCAAAGAGGACGGGGUCAGCGAGGCCAGCCUCGUGAGCAGUGUCAGUGCCGCCAAGUCCCUCCUCCCCCCGGCCAGGACCCCAAAGCCAGCCCCGAAGCCCCCACCCCCGCCUCCUCUACCCCCUCCGCUCCUGCGACCCGUGAAGCUGGAGUUCCCGCUGGAUGAGGACCUGGAGCUGAAGGCCGAGGACGAGGACGAGGACGAAGACGAGGACGUUUCUGACAUCUGCAUCGUCAAGGUGGAGUCCGCCCUCGAGGUGGCUCACCGGCUGAAGCCCCCGGGAGGCCUGGCAGCGGGUCUGGGCAUCGGGGCCUCCGUGAGCAGCCACCUGGGGGAGCUGGCCCAGAGUAGCAGCGUGGCCCCCAACGCCGUGACCCCGCCGCAAGGCGUGGUGAAGGCCUGCUACAGCCUGUCCGAGGACGCCGAAGGGGAAGGCCUGCUGCUGAUCCCAGGAGGCCGGGCCAGUGUGGGGGCCGCCUCGGGCCUCGUGGAAGCAGCGGCAGUGGCCAUGGCUGCCCGGGGGGCGGGGGGCAGCCUUGGGGCGGGGGGCAGCCGGGGACCCCUGCCCGGGGGCUUCUCCGGUGGGAACCCCCUGAAGAACAUCAAGUGCACCAAGUGCCCGGAGGUGUUCCAGGGCGUGGAGAAGCUGGUGUUCCACAUGCGCGCGCAGCACUUCAUUUUCAUGUGCCCGCGCUGCGGGAAGCAGUUCAACCACAGCAGCAACCUCAACCGCCACAUGAACGUGCACCGCGGCGUCAAGUCGCACUCGUGCGGCAUCUGCGGCAAGUGCUUCACGCAGAAGUCCACGCUGCACGACCACCUCAACCUGCACUCGGGGGCGCGGCCCUACCGAUGCUCCUACUGCGACGUGCGCUUCGCCCACAAGCCAGCCAUCAGGCGGCACCUCAAGGAGCAGCACGGCAAAACCACGGCCGAGAACGUGCUGGAAGCCGGCGUGGCGGAGAUCAACGUGCUCAUCCGAUGAAGGGGCCAGGAGGCUGCGUGGGGGGGGGGGCGGGGAGGGAGAGUUCCGGGCAUGCGCUGCGCACACCUUGAGGGAGGAAGAUUGGAGAGAAGACCUUGCCUCAAAAAGAGCAGAGGAAGAAGAAGAUGAUGAUGAUGGAGCCGGAGACAGGGUUGACAAGGCUUGAGGGGAUGUGGGGGGGGCUCCCAAAGAAAGAUUUUUUUUGGUAGAGGUGCACGGACGAGGUGGAGGGAGGAAGAGAAAAAAAAAGAAAAGAAAAAAAAGCUGAAAGUUUGGAGAAGAGCUCUUUUCCUGGCUGCAGCUGCCCAGGGAGAAGAUUGUAGCGUUUCUUGAGGGGGGGGUGGGAAAUCGUGGUGGUGGGGGAAAUGGCAGGACGCAGUUUUCUCGUCCCUGUUUAGAAUAGGUGGGAAAGGGAGUCGUAGGGGAAACAGGUGUGAAGUCCCAGAAAAGGAAGGGGAGGCGGAGCUUGCAUGCCGGGGUAAUAAUAUGCGCCAGGUAAGAGAACAGGGAGGGCAACCUGGGUAGGCAGUGAGAUUCCGGGGUACCAUAGCAAGAAGAGUGGAUAGUGGUGG